AGAUUACGAUUUCGAGAUCGGAUCGAUCGGAGCUUGGCCAACAACACAGUCACUUAAGUAAGGGUUUAACGCAAGUCUCCAACCAGAAAUGUUAUCUGACUGCUUAUAAUGGCAGAUAACAAAAGACAGAGAGCAAGAAUUCAAGGCUCAUGGGCUGGCCAACCAUCCGUAUCAAAGACCAGAGGAUCAGGUGCAGGACCUGGGUCCAAGCCUCCACAUAGAACAGGACCCAAUCCCAAUGCAGUGUCCUUGACGCGUAAGACCCCAGAGUCUACAACGUCGCAGUUGACAUCAGGCCAGUCAGAUUGUCUGCAACAGACAUUAACAUUUACAGAGACCGGUCUGAUAAGAAGGGUCCCAGAACCAAAGGAGAUUGCAAAAGACGGGUCAUAUGUGAUCAGUAUGGAGCCUGGUGGAGAGGCAAGGAUCACUUUAACAAGGGAUUUUCUGCUGUCUGAAGAAGCUGAUUAUGUGUUUGCUACACUCAGAGAUGAGAUCCCAUGGGCUCAGAAACAGAAUUGUAUACAAGGGCAAACAUUUGAUGAACCAAGAUUGACGUACUGGUUCGGUGAAUACCCUUACGCUUACACCAAAGUGAGUUGGGAGAAAAAUACAGAUUGGAAUGAAACCUUGCUGUAUGUGAAAAGCCGUAUUGAAGAGAGGACUGGCCACACCUUCAACAGCUGCCUUCUAAACUUCUACCGCAAUGGCAAAGACCACGUCUCAUGGCAUAGCGAUGACGAGCCCUCUCUUGGCAGCAAACCUACGAUAGCCUCCGUCUCCCUCGGCGACUCAAGGACGUUUGAGAUGAGGAAAAAACCUCCUCCCGAGGAGAAUGGAGAUUACACAUACAUGUACACAGAGAAACUCAGAAUUCCUCUCACGCAUGGCAGUUUACUGAUGAUGGAGGGCGCUUCACAAGAUGAUUGGCAGCAUCAGAUACCAAGAGAGUACCACGACAGAGAUGCAAGGAUUAAUCUGACGUUCAGGACAAUCUACCCCGAAUGAAUCAUCUAUCUACAAAUCGUCCAACAUCUCUGCUGACCCAGAACCCUGAAUUCAAGAACAACGUUCAGAUGUGAAGCUGAGCAUGCAAAUCUGCAAACCAAGAUUCACAAACAGGAUUCAGAUAUGAACACAUCUCCAUUUAACUUUGCUAUUAAUCAGAGAGCCAAAUUUAUAACUGAGUUUAGAUUCGAAUACGUCAUGCAACUCCACUUAAAGUUGAAGGCCGCCCUGAUAUUGAGAUGGUUUUAAUAUUGAGACAAUAUUGCACAAAAUAUUUGGUUUCUUAAAGAGAAGGUUGAGUUCCGGGAAGAGGUGAACAAUAAUUUGUGAGCGUUAUCAUUGUUACAAUGCAAGUGUGGAAGAACAU